ACAUUUCAUUUUUUUAGAAUUUCCACAUUUUGUCCUAGAGACUUUGUUAAGGUGGUUAAAUAUUAGAGAGACGUUACACACUAGACAGAGUGAAACGUAAUUGUCUUCGGAUUUAUCUGGAUAGAUAACGUUGGUAGGAUAUUUUUCCCCACAUUAAACUGGUUGAUUUUAAAUAAGUCACACUUUCCAUUGCAUAUACCCUAUUGAAAUAGACAAGUUGAUAUCCGUAUUAAGUCUAAUGAACACGCCAAAAUCCACCGACAUUUCGGCUGGCGGCAAAUUCCAUGUUAGUGGUCAACGAUCUACAAGACGUACUAGCUCACUUUCUUCGCUGUCUAAUGAUACAGAAGAUGAACUGAAGAUUGAUUCUAGCCCCGAGUCUUUCAAAGAAGAAAAGCAUCAAAAGCCAUCACCUACUAAUCAAAAACUAUUGUCUGAGUUACAAACCAUUAAAAUUGAUCGGUCAAAAUAUCAUCAUUAUGGGCAUGGCUCUCUGAUGACCUCAAAGUCCUUGGAGAAAAUCAUUCAAGAAGCAAAGGAUAGAGAUGAAAAGGAUAAAGAACAAGCAUUAGACAAAGGGUUAAAAAUAGAAACUGAGAACCUACCAGUGCCAGCAUCUCAAGACCUUGAGAAUAAAUCAAAUACCACCACGCCAAUUGAGAAAUAUAUCGCAGACAUAUUAAAUGUAGAUGUGGAUAGUAUGGGGAAAUAUUCCACUGAAACAAUUAAUGAGAUUAUAAAGCUUAAAACUGAACAAGAGGUCACUAAACGUGAGUUGAUUAAAAAUGAGUUGGCAGGUACAACCAUGGAGUUAUUAAAAUUAGCUAAAUCGCUCAAUCUUUCACCAGAAAUCAUACCAUUUAUAUUCUUAAGUGAUACUAAAACUGAAGAACUUCGUGAGAAAUUAUACAAGCUUCUGAGUGAAACAGAACUUGUAGUAAAGAGAAUUACUGAAGAAGCAGCCGCUUCAGAGGGUAGAAAGAGGAAAAUCAGUUCGUCAAUAUUACCUUCAUUUUCUGAAACAGAAGAAAACAUAAAACGAACUACCCGUCCUGCAUCACCAGUGAGAUCUCCUACUCGUCUGCCGUCUUUACUUGUACAUAGAAGAGUGCGGUCCGAUACAAGCGAAAAGGAUGCCUCUCCACUUAUGACCAAUCCCAAGCCAGUUUUAUUGCCGUUACCACUUACGAGUUAUCAAAGCCUGCCACCACAAUACCCAUUGUACUAUAAUGUUAGUCCUCCAGGAACUGAAUCCAAAUUCCUUGGAUCCCCUUAUACCCAGAAACAACCACAACACUUACCAUCACAGCCAGUGGUUGUACAACAGCCUCCACUUCAACUGCAACCUUUACAAAUUGUAUCGCAACUGCUGCCACCUCAAAACUCCAAGCAAUUAAAUCAGCUGCCACCACAACAAGCUUUACAACUGUCUCCACAGAGAUAUUUAUUCACUCGUCAACAGCAGCAAUUACAACCACCGUUACAACAGCAACAGCAACAACCACAACAGCUGCAACAGUAUGGAGGAGCAUAUGUUCCUCAGAAAUCACCAUAUCAAUACUACGCUACUACAACCCCGCCAAAGGGAGGAGUUCAGUAUUUAAUUCCCCCAGUACCGUCUAUUGGUGCACCACUUGUAGGGGCACCAAUAGCACCUCCAUCAACAACUUCAACUGAAUCUGAAAAGAGUAAAGUACCAGGGGGUGGGAGCAUUUUAAGAUUCGAUAAGGAAGAGACUGAGGAACCACCAACAAAGAAGCUGAAGCAAACUUCAAAAUCAUCAAAUAUUAAUUUCAUGAUCACAACCCCAGAAAACCCACCGGCAAAGAAGUAUAAUAACUCACGACAAUAGAUGUAUAAUUUUUUGCAGCCAUAUAUACCAACCAAGAAAAUCUAUGUAGAUAUGUGUAGCCAUCCUCGUUUAUAAAUUCGUUGGAUAUUCACUUUGUUUUACUUCUAUGCACACAACGGUG